GGUAGUGUCGUGUAAAGCAAAAGCAAAGUAGUUGCUGUGUUUUCUUGUGCCGCAUCGAAAUUCGGAUAUGAAUUAUUUUAUUCUUUAGAUGUUGAUAAGUUUUUGCAUUUAUAUCUGACAAUGGAGGAAGUGUGGAUUAUCAAUAGAAUUAUUCAAAAAGCUUAAUCAAACAUUCAUUAUUCUAGAUGAUUGUCGAAGUUCGGCAUCAUUUCUUUGAUACAUCUUGUGUAGUGUGUUGUGUUAUUGUAAGUUAGUGAAUCGAAAAUGGCGUCUGAGAAUGAAGCUUCACGUCAAUCUUGUGCAUCUGACCCAAAUUUUGCCGUUAUUUGUUCAUUUUUGGAAAGAUUUGCUGAGCAAUGUGGUAUUCCACAUCCUGCAUUCAGUGAUCUUCAAGAAAUGAUCGAGAAUACAGAACAAGUAUCGCAGUCUCUAAUAGAUCUCCAUAUCAAAUUGCUGAGGAAAGCUCGAAAGACAUUUUCAACCGAGAAAUGGGAACGAACUUUGGUUCGAUUUUGUCAGCCUUAUUCACCAGAAGAUGCCUGGGAUCUGGAAAGAUACGGCUACAUGAAUACCAAAGUGGAUGUCAGAUUAAGGCUUCUCAAGAUUCUACUUGACGCCCAAUUCGACUACAACCUGAAGUUCAAAACAGACAUCAACAAGCUAGAGGCGCAUGAGCUGCGCAGUGAGCCACUGGGUCGCGACAAGCUGGGCUGCAACUACUGGUGCCAACUGGACCCCACCGCCAAUGUGCGCGUCUACAAGGAGGACCAGGAAGAGGAGACCUGGGAACUUGUCGCCAAAGACCGCGAAGGCCUCAUAUCACUGAUAACAGAACUGUCAGCCGGUGAAAACAUAGAAGGCAUUGAAGAAUUCCUCAACGAAGAUAGCAACAGUCAAGAUCUAGAAAUGAAUCCGGUUCUGGAUACUGGACAAGAGUCUGAUGAGAAUGAGCACCCCACUCUGAAGAACGGAAUUGCCGGUGGAGAGGAGUUGAACGAAAGUAAAGUGUCCGAAACCAAGGAGCAAGCCGAGCCAAAGAAUGGAGGAAGCGAUGAAAAGUCCAAUAGCAUUGUGGAGGAAGAAGAAAGUAAACCUCUAGAAGAAGACAAAACUAUCACACCUUCAUCACAAAAGCCAGGUACAGAGACUGAUAACAAACAGGAUUCGUCUGCAGUGAAGAUGGAAGUUGGAGAGGAAAAUGGAGUUUUAGAAGCGGCCUCAGAAGCUAAAACUGAUGUUUCACCGGAUACAACUACAAAUUCCGACAUUAAACCUAAAUUGGAAACUGUUGAGGGUGAAAACUCAUCUAAGGAGAAAUCAGUUGAUGAAAACUCAGCAUCGGUUAAAGUGGAAGAUGAAAAUAUCAAGAGUGAGUCUCUGGAAGUUGACCAACAAGCAAGUCAUCAAAGAUUGGAAAGUGGGAACUCUCAAAAUGCAACUGAACCGGAUAAAACCGCUCAGGAUACGACAGCACAAAACUCUGUUUCAUCUAAGAGUGAGAAGGGUGAAGUAAAAUGCGAACAGAAAGUGAAGGAUGAAAAAUAUGAUGCUCAGAAAUCUUUGAAAAAAGAGGAGCGUCUUGAUGAUAAACUGGCAGAAAUUGAAAAACAAGAGAAAGAUGGACCAGGAAAUGCUGAGGAGGAUAAGCCUGCUAAGCCGAAGGAAGUUGGUGAGGCUAGUAAGGAGGAUAAGCCUGCUCAAAAGCUCACAAUCCAAGGUAGUACUACUUCUGUGGAUGAAAAAGUUGACAAGAAAACAAAAGAUCCCGAUACAGUCUGCAAAGAUUUGGAACAGAGUAGCACUGUAUCAACUGAAAGUGUUGUGCAGCCCAAAGAUGAACCUAAGGUGAAGCCAGAUUCACAAUUGGUGGAACAAUCUGUGAAGCCUAAAGAUGAAUCCAAGGUGAAGCUAGAUUUACCAUCGGUAGAACAAUCUGUGAAGCCUAAAGAUGAACCUAAGGCGAAGCUAGAUUCACCAUUGGUAGAACAAUCUGUGAAGCCUAAAGAUGAACCUAAGGUGAAGCUAGAUUCACCAUUGGUAGAAAAAUCUGAUCCAAACAAAAGUGGAAUAGCUUCAAAACCAGCUCUGAAUCUUUCGAGAGAACCUGCAGGCCCUUCACUGAAAGAUUCCAUGCAAAGCAAGUUGAGCAAAACACUGGGGAAAGAGGUGGACCUGAGUUGCUCGCCGAGGGGGCCCACCAAGAACCUGUUGGAUGUCACCGAGGAGCUGAAGCAGAGGAGCGCGCUGCUCAAGUCGGGUUCCGCGGCGGCAUUCAAGGGCAAAGACGGUAAAGCUGCAGCUCCCGGGUCAAUCCUCGACGGCAUCUUCAAGAAUCUUAAAAGAACCAUGACCAACCCGCCCGAAUCUCAACCGCUGCCGGCCCACUUUAUCGGAACCAGCAAAAACCUGCUGCUAGAAAAGAUGCGAAUGAACGAAACCCUGAAUCUGUCGAGGUACUCCGAUUCGGGCAAGUUCAGUCAGCCACCCAACAACACACCGUACAUCUCGAAAGACGUUGAAGACCUGUCGAUGGGUGUGAAGCGACCUUGUCCCGAAGACCUCUCCGUGCAUUCGGCCAAGAAGGCUCACGUCGAAGACAGGAAACUGGAGCCCAUGGUGAGUGAAGCCAUCGAGGAACCGAUUAUGCUCGUCAAGGGGGAAGGAUCUGGCAGAGAUUGUGACACUGGCAACCUACGACAUUUCCACGGCGCAAGUGAAAAGUUUACUACUCAACAGUCUCAAUUUGCAGUUAGUGAAGCUAUUGAAGAAACAGUUAUGUUCGGUAUAGAUGGGCCACGAAUUUUGACUGAACAGUCAGAAUUUGCAGUUGGUGAAGCUAUUGAAGAACCAGUAAUGCUGAUUUUAGGAGAGGGCUCAGGAAUAGACUGUGAUACUGGAAAUAUGGGUAACAAAUCUCCAGUAACCAGUAAUGAUGAUUCUGAACAGUCUGAAUUCAUUGUAGGUGAAGCUAUUGAAGAACCAUUAAUGUUCGUUACAGGAGAGGGCUCAGGAAUAGAUUGUGAUACUGGAAAUAUGGGUAACAAAUCUCCAGUAACUAUCAGUAAUGAUGAUACUGAACAGUCUGAAUUAUUCAUCGUAGGUGAAGCUAUUGAAGAACCAGUAAUGUUCUUUACAGGAGAGGGCUCAGGAAUAGACUGUGAUACUGGAAAUAUGGGUAACAAAUCUCCAGUAACUAUCAGUAAUGAUGAUACUGAACAGUCUGAAUUCAUCGUAGGUGAAGCUAUUGAAGAACCAUUAAUGCUGAUUUUAGGAGAGGGGUCAGGAAGAGACUGUGAUACUGGAAAUGUAGACAAGGAAAGUGCAAGCGUAGACAAGGAGAAACAGAUGGAAACUACUGAAAAGUCUGCAGUUGAAAACCUCAAGGACAGUUCCGAUUCCCUGAACGAUUCAGAAAAUAAAUCGAUAACAGAAAACUCUACACCCAUUUCUAGCAAAGAAGCUGUAGCAGUUUCGGACUCACCUGAAAAAAAGUCGACGAAGCUGUGGACUAUUGAUACGAUUUGCUCCCCUCAAAAAGAAACCGCAUCGGGAAAUAGUGACUCAAUCAAACCUUCCGCUUCCAAAGAAGACAAAGAUGCUGAUAAUUUGAGUGGGAAAGAUGAUAAAGAAACCAAUAAAGUGAAUGAGAAGGAGGUAUCUGUAUCUUGCAAGGAGGAUAGUAGAGAGAGCAGCUGUUUGGAGAAACACAUCCCCAACAAAAUUGAUCAGAAUAAGACUGAUGAACGGAACACGGUUGAAAAUGUUUCCAGUGAAAAGGAGGAUAAAGAAAAACUUGGCAGCAGCUCAAAUGAACAUGUAGGUGACAAAAAAGAGGGUAAAGAAAAACUUGGCGGUAGUGCAAAGGAAAGUUUAGGUGACAAAAGAGAUGAUAAAGAAAAACUUGGCGGUAGUGCAAAGGAAAGUUUCGGUGACAAAAAAGAUGAUAAAGAAAAACUUGGUGGUAGUGCAAAGGAAAGUUUCGGUGACAAAAGAGAGUAUAAAGAAAAACUUGGCGGUAGUGCAAAGGAAAGUUUAGGUGACAAAAAAGAUGAUAAAGAAAAACUUGGCGGUAGUGCAAAGGAAAGUUUAGGUGACAAAAGAGAGGAUAAAGAAAAACUUAGUGUAAAGGAAACUGAAACUGGUAAAAAGCAGGAUGGAGAACAACUGGGAGCUUCUGGUGACAAAAAAGAAGAUCAUGGAAAACUAGGCUCUAGUGUAAAGGAAGCCAAGAAAUCGGAAGAAGAAAAACUCGGUAGCUGUGCAAAGGAACCUGUAGUUGACAAAAAAACGGAAGAAAGACUUGGCAGCAGUGUAAUGGAUGUAUGUGCAAAAAAACAGGAUGUAGAGAGUAAUGUGAAUGAAGCUAUAGGUGCUAAGAAAAAGGAAAGAGAAACAAUAGGCACCAGUGUAAGUGCCAAAAAAGAGGACAGAGAAAGUGUAGAUGAAGCUGACUGUGCGAAGAAAGAAAAUAUAGGAAAAGUGGGCUGCAGUGUGAAGGAAUCUGUUGGUGACAAAAAAGACGGAGAAGGUAAACUUCUCAAGAAAGGUGAAGAAAAAGAGAGCGAACGUAAAGCAAAUGAGGCUGCUGUUGGCAAACAGGUCAAAGAAAGCAGUGACAAGGAGAGCAGUAACUUAGCUGCUGUCUCCGAAUCUGUAGAAUCCAAUUCAACGAAACCAACUACAGUUAGCAAAGAAGUCAAAGAAAACACCACGGAAACUACAGUGGCCAAAAAUUUAGAAAGCAAAGAACUCGCCAAAGUUGGGAAAGCAAGUGAUGCUGAAAUCAAUUUGAAGACAUCUUUAGUUAGCGGCAAAGUAACUGAAGUCAACAUGUCCAAAGAAAAUCGUGUUAGAGCAACCUCUGAUGAAACUUCGAGUGGAGGUCCAUCUUCUUGUUCGAAACCCCUGAAGGAUGUCGAAGUGAAUGAUAAGAAAAAUGUCGUGAAAGAAGAUAUUGAUUCCAGUCAAUUGAAAACUGAAAAGCUUGAAGUGUCCAAAGAUAUAAAAACAACUUCGAAUAAGAAUACUGAUUCACCUGUCGACAAGAAUUUGGAAACUGGAAAGAAGGGUGGAGACGUGUCAGCUGAUGGCUCGAAAUCUUGUGAAAUCAAAAGUAACAGAAAAGACGGUGAUUCAGAUAUUAAAAAAAGGGAGGACAGCAGUAUAGUUUGUACAAAGAGCUCAGAGAAAUCAGAAAAAGUGAUCCGUCAUCAGUUGAAAUUGAGUGAUAAAUCCGUUAAAAAUCUUGAAGAUUUAGCCGAAAACAAAUCAGUUAGUUUGAAGAGUUCGGAUUCAAAAUCUAUUGCCUCAAGUGUCAAACAUGUGGAAAUUUCCAAAUCGUCAUCCAAUGAUGAAGCUGCUUCUCAAAAAGAUUCAUGUUCAAUUGACUCCAGUAAGAAAACUACAAAACUUGUCAAUAAUAUUUCGGACAUUAAGUCAGAUAAAGUGCAACUUUUGAAUGAAAAAGACAACCGAUCAUCUGUCAUUCCUUCAAAACCGACAAAAUCAGGAACUAAAAGUGAUUUGAAGGAUUCAUCGGUGCUUGGUAGCAACUCAGACCCGAAAUCAGUCAAUGAAAACAUUAGCGAUGAAAAUUCGUUAUCUGAAAAAUGUAGUGCUAAUACAUCGUGCAUAGAUAAGUCUGCGAAUAAAGAGAAAGAUAAGACUGAUAAAGAUACAGCAUGUAAAGAGGUGUCAUCGGAACCAGACGGAAAAGAAGGAACGUGUAAAGUAUCAUCCGAGGUAAUCAAAAAUGAUAAUAAAGAUGCUUCCGAAAAGUCUGACUUGAAAGAAAAGCCAGAGUGUAAAAUGGACGCAACGAAAAAAGAAAGUGGUGCGAAGGAAGAUGAAAAGUCUACCCCUGAAACUCUUCAAAUCAGUGGUGACAGUAGUAAAAAAGAUCCAUCUACAACCAAGAAAGACUCUUAUUUAGAUGACAAUAGUAAAAAAGAUCCAUCUAUAACUAAGAAAGAUUCCAACCUGCAGGAGAAAUCCACUGUGAAUAGUAAGGAAAAAAGUGUGGAACCGGAAGCAAUCGGUGCAGCUAAACUUGGAAAAACUUCCGUGAAAGAAAAAAAGACUGAUGCCAGCAAGGAACCCGGUGAUAAAAGUGUGACAAGCUCCUCUGUUGAUGCGAAGGAAAGUGCUGAAUCUAAACAACUUGAAGAAACUACAAUCAACGACGUUAGUUCACAGAAAUCUAAAACUUCUAAAUCCGCCAAUAAAAGGGAAUUGAAAGGUAAAGAUAAAAUUGCAAUUGCCAAUAAAAAAGAGCCCCCUGUAAAAAUGGUUGAUGACGAGGCUUCAAAAAUAUCCAAAACAGAAACUGAAACAUCUGUUGGGAAUAAUCUGAUCGUGAAUUCAGCUUUAGUUGAGACCAGCUUUGAUGUUAAAGACAUGAAACUUGAUAGAAUUAAGGAUGAAGAUAGCGUUGAGAAAGCCAUUAAGACUGAUAAAUCUGUUACAAAAAGUAAAGCGAAUAUUAAAGCUAACAAAAGAAAAUUGAGUAAGGAUAGUGACAAGACUGUUGCAGAAGAUGAUAAAGCAAUAGAUUCGAAUGAACUGAGCACAAAACAGUUGGGUAAAGAUAGUGGUGCGGGUAAAAAAGAAACAGAUGUAGAUAAAAAAGAGAUAGAUGCAGAUAAAAAAGAGAUAGAUGCAGAUAAAAAAGAGAUAGAUGCGGAUAAAAAAGAGAUCGAUGCAGAUAAAAAAGUGAUAGAUGUGGAUAAAAAGGAGACAGAUGCAGAUAAAAAAGUGUUAGAUGCGAAUAAAAAGGAGAUAGAUGUGGAUAAAAAGGAGACAGAUGCAGAUAAAAAAGAGACAGAUGAAGCGGAAACCUCAAUUGAAGCUGAACUGGCCUCCAUGGAGGAUGAUUCUGUUGAGAAAGAGACAGUGAAAAGUGAAAAAGAUGGUGAAAAAACUUUGGAUAAGAGGAAAUCAGAUAAGAAGGUUGAGGAUGAUGACGUUUCAUCGAUACAAAAAGAUGACGUUACGAGCAGUACUAGAGACGAAACCCCUGAUUCGAAACCCGGAAAGACUGGUAGAAAAGCUUCGAAGCCGGAUGCGAUUGAUGCAAAGAAGCCAUCUGCAAAGAGACUGAAAAGUGAAUCCGAGUCGGAUGAAAUUAAAGAUGGCGAAGAUCUUGUUCCACUGAAAUCUCGAAAAACCGAGACCGACUUGAAGGUGGAUUGCGACGAUGUGAAAGACAUGUUGACUGAUGAAAAAGGAGGGGAUGAUAAAGAGGUGGAGGGAGAAGAGGAGGAGGAGGAGGAUGAAGAUUCUAGCGUGCAAGCAACACCGACACGUGGAAGAGGCAGGGGAAGGGGUAGGGGAAGACCCCGCGGAUCCGGACGAGGUAGGGGGAGAGGGGCUGGAAGAGGAGGAAGAGGGAGAGGCCGUGGCAGAGGGAGGGGAGGCUCUCGAGCAACACCGGUGAAAGAGACGGAAGACAAUUCGGAUAACGACACCGCGCAGGUAUCAGACAAAGACGAGAAACCAGUUUCGUUUUCUCUGUCGUCGUUCUCUUUGGAUGUGACCGACGAACCUCCUCCGCCGGCGAAGAAGAAGCCCGGAAGGAAGAGGAAAAUCGAUGAGCGGCCGGAAGUGAAGAACAGUGAUGAUGAAGAUGUCAGCAAGGAUGAUGAUGAUGAUGAUGUUGAUGAUGCUGGAGAUGACGUUACCAGCAGUAAACGAGCCAAGCUGAAAGGCAAAAAGAUAUCCCACAAAGCACGUCGCAAUGCUGAGGAGAAGGCUAGGAGAACUAGGAAGGUGUCAUCUAGUGAGGAAGAGGGGCCACCGCCCACAUCCUACGAGGACGCAUUCGCCCAUUUUGUGUCCAAGAAGAAUAAAUCGAAACAUGCCAGCAAAGCCGAUAAACAUGCACGAAAGAAGCAGACGGAAGAAUCGGAAGAAGAUGAUGAUGAGGAAGACGCCGAUAGAACUAAAGAAGAAGAUGAGGAUGAUCACAAACCUCGAAAGAAGAAGUCGAAGAAGAGCAGAGCAAGUCGCCUGGAAGUGGAGUUGGGCAUAAGUGGAGGCAAGUCAGCGGCGGAGGACGAGGCUGGCGGACGUUCGGUGCGGGCGUCACGACGCAUCGCGCAGAUCAAAAUCAAAGAGCAGGCGGAGCGACGCCAGAUCGAGGAGGCCACGCUCGUCAGUCUCAAAGAGGAGAGCAAAAAGAAGAAGAAGGAGAAAGACAAGACGUUCAAAACUAGCGCGGUUAAAAGUGACUCGCCUAGGAAAAAGAAGAAAGAUAAAAGCAAGAAGGUAAGAAUAAAAACUGACGCAUCCUCUAUCGGGUCUCAAGAAGAGGUCUUGGAGAAAACUAAAAAACACAAAAAGAAGAAGAAACAUCGACCGGCUAGAGCUUUUGACGGCAGGAAUCCUUGGUUGUCGACAUCAGAUUCCAGUUCCAAGGAAGAAGAGGAGCAUUUCGAGAUUGAAGAAGAAGAGGAGGAAGAGGAAGUACUCACUUUGAAAUCAGAUCACGAAUUCUCGCCAGAGUCCGACUUGGAGUGCGAUGAUGAUCAGCCAAUCAGGAGAGCUCGUACUGCUCAGAAAGGUGACAAGGAAGAGGAAGUGGAGGACCACGCGUGCCAGAAGUGCAGCAAGGCGGACCACCCCGAGUGGAUCCUGCUGUGUGACAAGUGUGACAACGGCUGGCACGCAUCCUGUCUUCGUCCCACCCUCAUGGUCAUACCAGAGGGCGACUGGUACUGUCCCACCUGCCAGCAUGUUUCGCUAGUGUGCCGCCUGCAAGAGACGCUGAAGACGUACGACAAGGAGACGAAGCGUCGCACCAACGAGGAGCUGCGUCGCAAGCGGCUCGCCUACGUGGGCAUCAGCCUCGACAACGUGCUGUCGGCCGAGAAGAAGUCGCCGAAAGUGGCCGAAGACGAGUCCGAAGGUGGCAGCGAGUCCAGUUCGGCAGAGUCGGCCGAAUCAGAGGACGACGAGCCCGUCUAUCAGCUGCGGCAGCGUCGGCAGGCGGCCGUCAGCUAUCGCUUCAACGAGUUCGACGAUCUUAUCAAUUCGGCCAUCCAGGAUGAACUGGAAGCGGUGGGAGGUGUACUACCCAUUCCAAAUACAGAAGCUGCUGCUGUCGAGGGUCAAACAAUCGAUGGAACUACACCUGCUGUUCAGAAAUCAGAAGGCGAUGAAACAGUGACGCCGACGAAAAAGAAGAGCAAAAAGAAGGCGGAGCGCAAAGAGAACGGAGAGGAGAAGGAGAAGGAGGAUGGCGAAGAAAGCGAGAGCGAAUCGGGUGAAGAUGAGGAUGAGGAGGAACAGGAGGAUGAGGAGGAUGAGGAAGAGGUGCUGAGAGUGGUUCCGAAGGGCAACAAUGCACUUCCCAGCGGCCGGAAGAAGCAGAGGAAGUUGAAUGCCUUGGAUGUGGAUAGCGAUGAUGACGAUCACGGCUCCGAUGAGGAUUUCAAAGGCUCCAGUAGUGAGGAGGAAGAUGAUGAUUUGGAGGACGUUGACUCAGACGACUCGGCAGUCGGGCGCCGCUACGGCAGGGCGGUGCGACGCUCCUCACGAACCAGAACGUCCAGAUUCGACAGGGAGUUCAUUAACGAUGACAGUGACAGCGAAGAGAGUGACGCUCCCAAGCGGAAGAAAACGCGACGCGUCUGGCAGGAGUCGGAAAGCGAGGAGAGCGACUCCACCUGGGGACGACGAAAGAAGAGAAGUAGUUAUGCUGCUCCAUUUAGAACGAGAACAUCAGGCAAAAAGAAAAAGAAGAAAGGAAAACGAAACAGGAAGCCGCAGAGAAUCAACGAUUCCGACGAAGAAGUUGCCAAAGUUCCUAAACCCAAAAAGCCCAAGAUAAAAUACGGAUUAGAUGAACCGGAACAGGAUUUAACAUCUCGAAGAACGCGAGGAAGGAAAAUGAAUUAUCAGGAAGUAGUUGGAUCUGAUACGGAAGAGGAAAUUCUCACCUCGAAGAAGCCUGCAAAGAAAAUCAGUGACGACGAAGACGAAUUCAAAAUAGAAGAAAGUGACGAGGAAGCAAAGGCAGGGCAGGGGGAGGGAGAUGGAAAGCCCAAUGCCACCGGAAAACGACCAAACAAAGUGUACGAUUCUGAAUACGAAUCAGGUGAAUCCUCUGGAGAAGAAGAAGAUCUCGAUGAUAUUGGCAACAGUGAUGAAGACUACGAAGAAGAUGGCGUCGUAGAUAAAGAGGGAGAAAGUGGAGAUGAAGAACCACCUAAAAAAGGUAACGUUAAGGCACAAAAAUCUCCCCACAAACCAAUUUCCAAUGUUCAGAAUUCGGCUAAAGAUAAGACUGGUAAGGCAGUGCAAACAUCCAAUCUGAGGAAAGAGGUGAAUCCUCCGAAAGUAAUACACACGUACGCUGGGAAGCGAUCGGUGCAGACUGCCAAGAAUGCUGAGAAUGUUGCCAAUGAGGCAAUGAGUUCCGAGGAGAAGAAGAAAGACUUGUUGAGUGCUGCCCGCUUCUCAACGUCCACUUCCAAUGCGGUCAAGAAAGGACUGGUUGGCCCUCCACCACUCAAGAUCAGGGUGAGCAAGGGAGGACUUGCAACUCUCACCUCCCCUAUGAAGGGCGAACAUUCGAUUCCCCCUCCCGUCAUACCCGAAAGCAUCAGCAAAAACCUGACCAUAGUCCCGAUCGACAAGUCACAGACCACUGUCUCAGAAGGCCUGCGACAAAAACUGCACAAUGCGCUCACCAAGAAGAUCCGAUCACAAAUCACCGACCAAAGGGAUAUGUCUGAAGAGUUCAGUGACGAAGAGGAAGAGGACAUGGAUGAAGAGAUAUCGGACUUUGAUGAGGAGGAUUUCGAUUCUGGAGAGGAUGAAGCCGGUAAACUGGAUGCGCCCUUCACAGGGUUCCAUCACAAGGAUCAAAGAAUGCCGCAAAAGUUUCCGAUUGUGAAUGCAGCGAACCUGAAGCAGCCGCCACUUGUGAAAGGGGACGACAAGGAUGACAAGUCUGCAGCUCUUGGCAUCAGAGUGAUUUCGCCACUGAAGUUGAUGCCCAACCCACCCAUGGAGCAGAGUCGCUUCCCGAUGCCAGGCCACAAUCCACAGAUGAUGCGCACCAUGCCACCCAUGGUAGUCAACAAGAUGGCUCAUAUGGAACAGCAUGGGGGGAUAGAAGUGUCGCCUCCGAAACGCAGGGGUCGCGGACGCGGAAAGAAGCAGUUGGCCUUGGAGAAGGCCGCCCAGGAACAGAUGGCUAUAGAGAGGCUGGGUGGUCCCGACCCCCCCAUCAAACCUGGGGCUCCCCCGGGGGGAAGUGUCAUCAGAGGCAUGCUGCAAACAGGCCAACCUCCUCACGGUUUCGGACCACGACCCGAGGUUGCCGCGAGGUUCCCCCCCAAGGGGCGCAUGCCGUUCCCCCCAGUGCAGGGCCCGCCGUUCCCGGGUAAUCCGCGCAUGGUGCGGCCCCCCUACCAUCGGCCGCUGGACCCCUCGCCAUCGGGAGGGGGUGCUGUCGUACAAGCCACAACCACCUCCAUUCCCAAGGCGGGAGAUCCACCUAAAAACCAAGUCACCAGUAGCCAAGAUAAAAACCAUCCACCUCCACCGAACGCCGCCCCCUACAUCAGGCCUCCAGGGAUGAGGUUCCCCGCCCCCGAUUCCGCCCGGCCUCCGCUUCCUCACAACUACAUGCCGACGUCUUCCUCCUCUGUGAGACCGCCGCCUCCAGCCGGCAGUGGUAACUUCCCGCCCUACCCUCCUCCACAUCAACCGCCCCCACAUCAACCUCCACCACAUCAACCGCCCCCACAUCAACCGCCUCCACAUCAACCGCCCCCGCCUUCCAACUACAGCCACUACUCUGGCUACUCGGGCAUCAGUAAUGUGGACGAGCCCUUCAUGGAGCCGCCCCAGUACGCUCCCGCCCCCGAGUCAACUCCCCAACCGCCCCUGCCGCCUCCGAGUCGAAGUUCGACGAAGAUGAGUGGCGGUGAAUUUGGAGGACUCGUUUCCUAUUUCUCGAGCCAGCGUGAAGAGGACGGCCUUGACACGUAGCCUGUCUCGCAAACAAGUAUUAUUUUAUCUACUACCAUUUAAGGACAGAUUACAUGUGUAUUUAGUAAUAUAAGUAGGGUUAAGUUUAGGUACGAAACGAUUUCAUGGUAAAGAGUUACGAGUUUGAAGGCGGAUUCCAUCACAUCUACCCUCAUAUUAGUCCCAUAUGUUCUAAGUGGACUAUUCAUUCAGGCUGAGUGGCUAUAGUUGCAUUAGAAUUCAUGGGAAUUACAAUCAUUUUCACAGUGCCGGUCACAACUCUGAUACUGAUAUGUGGGAAUCUGUCUUUAUUCUAACUUGUGUAGCAGAUAUUGAUCCAUUGUGCCCUAUUUAUGGACAGUGCUUUGAUAAGAACUUGUGUAAACACGACUUUGUUGUAACCUAAUAACAGGUACCCUUGAUACCCAUGAUAUCAAUAAUUAUAAUUUCUCUGGAUAUUGGGCGACACAUACAGAGGAGCUUAUUAAUAAAUACAGGAACAUUAUAUGUUAUUUUUGAUACAAUAUAUCUAGUACUCUUUUAUUUUAUCACAUCAAGGACUAUUGAAUCUUGGAGAGUUGAAACUGCAGUCGUUUUGUGAUAAAAUGAAAGGGUAUUUGAUAGAUUGUGUAGUGUUUCAACACUUUUAGUAGCCCUAAAAAUAAGUGAGUGAGUGAAUAUGACUGGAUUGUUUAGGCACGCUGCACACAGGGACAAUAGUAGCUUCCACUAGCUGCCGCUUGUAUGCGGAAUUGCAAAUGUCAUGUACUUUUGAGUUGAUGACAUUUUACAUUAUGCGUUACCGCAUCAGCUAGUGGAAGCCACUACUGCCCUUGUGUGCAGGCUGCUUUAGCAAUCAUGUACUGGAAUCAUACCUUUGAUUUGAUUAAAAACUAUUCCUCACCAUCAAAACGUCAUAGAAUUUACGUUUUAUCAUAGACAUACUUUUUACCUGAUAGAUUCAGCAUUAGUUGAUUGGAAAUCAAUAAUGGUGGACAAUUUAAAGUGAAUCUCAACAUGAUAUACAUAUAAAAUGACACAUCUUGAAAUUGUCACAACUACUAAUUUGAUUGUGCUAAGAGAUGUUAUGGUAUUUCUCCAUAAUUGGAAGAAUAUGUCGUAGUUGUUGUUAAUACCGCACUAUAUUUGUUCAAAAAAUUU